UCACACGAGAGGAUCCACACAGGAGAAAAACCAUUUCAAUGUAUGGAGUGUGGAAAGAGCUUCUAUACCUCUACAAACCUUACUGCUCAUCACAGAAGCCACACAGGGGAGAAGCCCUUUCAAUGCCUACAGUGUGGAAAGCGCUUUGCCAGUUCUGGUGGCUUUCAUGCCCACAAACAGACCCACACAGGGGAGAAACCCUUUCAAUGCCUGGAGUGCAGAAAGAGCUUCAGUCAAAAAGGUCAACUUAAGUCACACGAGAGGAUCCACACGGGAGAAAAACCAUUUCAAUGCAUGGAGUGUGGAAAGAGCUUCUGUCGCUCUGUAUCCCUUACUGACCAUCACAGAAUCCACACAGGGGAGAAGCCCUUUCAAUGCCUACAGUGUGGAAAGCGCUUUGCCAGUUCUGCUAGCCUUCCUGCCCACAAACGGAUCCACACAGGGGAGAAACCAUACAAAUGUCUGGAGUGCAGAAAGAGCUUCAGUCAAAAAGGUCAUCUUAAGUCACACGAGCGGAUCCACACGGGAGAAAAACCAUUUCAAUGCAUGGAGUGUGGAAAGAGCUUCCGUGCAAAAAGUAGCUAUAUCGUACAUAGCAGAAUCCACACGGGGGAGAAACCCUUUCAGUGCCUGCAAUGUGGAAAGCGCUUUUCCCGUUCUGAUAGGUUUCGUGCCCACAAACGGACCCACACAGGUGAGUAA